AUGGCUUUCCUGUUCCUCGUCAUUUCUGUUCAUAAGGGCUACAUCCGUCGAGUAUGUCGGUGAAUUGUCUUUUCACAUCACUAAUCAUAGAUGGACGAAACCCAACAUUCCAAUCGUCGUAACCGACGGAGUCCACUGGUGCUCCAUAAGCUGGGCCUAAGUGCGGUGGCUUGCGCGUGGGUUUGUUUACGGCGAGACCGGCUUGUGGUACCUCCACCUCAUCCCCUCCUCCCACACCUGUAUCGCGUUUCGAAGACAAGACAAAGUCAGGAUGACCGGAGACAGACGUGGACGAUGCCCACAAGCCACCGUUUCACCACGUAG